AUGUUGCCGUACUACAACCGGCGGCUGCUGAAGUUCUUCAAGCUGGCGUUGGUGUUGGCGUGCGCCGUCUUUUUCCUACUCAUUUGUCGACCUCUACUCAGGCCUGAUAUUGCAGUGCGUCGCUAUCCUCCACAAAAGCUACCCUUUUAUAAAUGUCCUUGUAACACUUCAGUCACUCAGACAACCCAGCCGUCAUUCGUUUUUCGAAAUCUAACCGAACAUCGUGCAUUAAUACUACUGGAAAGUACUUCUUCACGUCAUGGUCGUCUGCUUCAGCAGAUUCUCAGCGCUUCAAGGUACCCGUUUCGAACGGAAACCUUUACGAAGAACUUACCUUCACUUACAACAACGACUUUGCGCGGUCGUUAUGCCGUUAUUAUUAUUGAGAACCACUACAAAUAUCUCAAUUUGGCGAAGUGGAGUCGACAGCUGUUGGAUAAGUACUGCGUUGACUAUAAAGUACCCCUCAUAUCGUUCCUGUUUACAAGACCUAAUAUCACUUAUAAAAAAGUGAAAAUCAAAGAUUCCCUGUUGUACUUCUGGCAGAACCAAGAGGUUUCGUCCUUGAAAGUGGCUGACUCCACUAUCCAUCGGAUCUCUCGCAUCGGAGCUGAGAGGACAAAUAUCAACACGCAAGACUGGGUUCUAUUCGAAGAAUCGCCAGCGUAUACCACUGUUUUGUCGGCAAGAGACGUUCUUGGUCGACCUCGUGCUGCGGUUCUUCAUGAUAAAGGUGAAGUGGAUAAUGUGGAACGAGUUCUUUUUGGCUACAAUGUGACUGAUUGGAUGGUAAAGAUGACAUUUCUUGAUGUGCUGUGGUACACAACGGGUGGUCGUAUCGGGUGGAGUUUGGAUCGUUAUGUUCAAAUUGAUAUCGACGAUAUAUUUGUUGGUGCUCGGGGUACACGAAUGGUUGAAGAUGAUGUAACAGCAUUACUUGCAAGCCAGAAACACCUUCGUCAAUACAUAUCCAACUUCACUUACAUGCUUGGCUUCUCCGGCAGCUAUUUCCACAAUGGAGAUGAUAAUGAGGACCGUGGCGAUGAGCGUCUAGUUGAACUGGCGCAGCAUUUCAUUUGGUUUCCCCAUAUGUGGCGUCACAACCAUGCCCACGAACAUAACCUUACUUAUUUGGAGGCGACUAUGGUUCAGAAUUUUAUGUUUGCCGAGAAUAUGCGACUUCCUGUGAAGUAUCCAUACGCGAUUGCUCCACAACACGAUGGUGUAUAUCCUAUUCAUACUGACCUUUAUAAUGCUUGGAGAAAGGUUUGGAAAGUGGAAAUCACCGCCACUGAAGAAUAUCCGCAUUUUAAACCAGCGUCUAGCAGACGAGGAUUUGUACAUAUGAAUGUUUCGGUGCUUCCACGACAGACAUGCGGCCUCUAUACGCACACACAAUUUUUCCACAACUACCCUGGUGGUUUUUCUAAGCUGACAAGCCUGAUUUAUGGUGGUGAACUAUUCUUCACCAUACUGUUGAAUCCUAUAUCUAUUUUCAUGACCCAUCAACAGAAUUUUGCACAUGAUCGAUUAGCAUCGUACACAUUCGAUAAUCUGGUGAGAUUUAUACGUUGCUGGACAAAUAUUAGACUGCGAUGGCAAAGUCCAGUUGAGUCGUCUCAGAUGUAUUUCUCGUUAAUGCCACAGGAAAAAGAUCCUAUCUGGAGCAAUCCAUGCGAGGAUCCGCGACAUAAAAUAAUCUUGCCGCCUUCUCUAAACUGUUCAACUCUUAUAUUUCCUAACACAUUAAUUGUUGGACCACAAAAAACAGGUACAUCUGCUUUGGCAAUGUUUUUGUCGUUACAUCCUAAUGUUUCCACUAAUGCGCCUAUUCCUGGGUCAUUUGAGGAACUACAAUUCUUUGGUGUGUUGAACUUCGACACUUCCAAUUUCUUCAUGCUCGAAAAGAGUGCCACAUAUUUCGACAAUGUCAAUGCGCCAAUGGAGGCCCAUGCGUUGGUUCCAGAAGCUAAGAUUGUCGUUCUACUUUACGAUCCAGCUAGGAGAGCCUAUUCAUGGUAUCAACAUAUGUUAGCUCACAAUGAAACCUCAGUUGUUAUGGCUGGAAACAUGGAAACGGUUUUAGAUGCGGAAACGCCCCAAUUGAAAAAGAUUAGACAACGCUGCAUAUCAGGAGGGCGGUACACCCAUCACUUUGAUCGGUGGUUGGAAUUAUAUCCCAUGUCAAAUCUGAUUCUCAUUGAUGGGGAAAAGUUUCGUGAAGAUCCAGUCACUGUUUUGACAGAGUUAGCUCAGAAACUUGGCCUUCCUUACUUCGAUUUCGCACACGCUAUUCGUUUCAGCCCAUCAAAAGGAUUCUUUUGUCAAGUACAUAAUGGAAAGCCAAAAUGUCUCGGUCGUGGUAAAGGGCGAGCUUAUCCACCAAUGUCUCCUACCUUAUGGUCUCGACUAAAUGGCAUCUUCGCUGCAGACAACAUUGCUCUGCAUAACUUUCUUAUCAGAAAUCAUUUACCGGUUCCAGUAUGGCUGCAUUUAUUAUUGGAAAAGUAG